GGUAGGAACAGCGAUGCCCCGAUAUUGUCUUUUUGGAGACACAGUCAACAUGGCUUCUCGGAUGGAAUCAACUGGUGAACCUUUAAGAAUCCAGUUAAGUCAAACAUCAUGCGACUGUCUCCGCACUGCCACCGGCUACAUUAUCAGUUUACGCGGUGAGACAGAUAUUAAGGGUAAAGGAUGCCAGAAGACAUACUGGCUUAAAGGUAAACUUGGAUACAACAAACCAUUGCCAGAAUUCUGAGAGAAAACAGAGAGAGAGAGAACGGUUUCAAUUCUAAUGCUGUUUUGUAUCUUACCGUUCUUAAUGUAACUGAUGACACUUAAACUUAAGAGGAAACAGAAUCGGCUGAACUGAACGCACGUGACAUUCAAUACUAACUACUUUAUCACAUUUACCAUAAAUAUAUAAACAAUGUAUUAUUGU